AUGUCCAGAACCACCUCCGCCAGACGGCUGCACGACGACAGCGAUGACGAGUACUCCACACUCUCGUUCGGUGCCUUGAAUGCGGCGCAAGAAAAGUUGAAGCACCAGCAGGACCAAUCAGACUCGGAAUCUGAGUCGGAGUCCGACUCGGACUCCGAUGCUCCUCCCAGGCAGAGCUCGUCCAAGAAGAGAUUCACAAAGACCCCAAAGAAGAACAAGCAUGCACCCACCGAGUCGUCAUCCAAACGUCCGGUGUCGCGUAUAAGAGACAUUCCUGGCUUGGAAACCAAAAGCACCUUGCAUACAGAUAUCAGAUUCGACCCAGCAUAUGGUAAGGCCGACUUGGCCAAAACCCGUAAAGACUAUGCAUUCUUGGACGAAUACAGACAUAAGGAGGUCGAAUCUAUGCAAGCCAUUUUGAAAGACAAGAAAUCCCAGAGAUUACUAUCGAACCACGAGAGAGACGACAUCCAGUUACGGUUGCAAUCUUUGAAGUCACGUUUGGACACCAUGAAGAACCGAGACUUGGAGGCUAAGAUCUUGGCCGACCACAAGAGACUGCAGUUGAAGGGCUUCAAGGACGGCAAUCAAAGCAAACCAUACUUCUUGAAGAAGAGCGAGCAACGGAAGUUGAUCCAAAAGGCCAAGUUCGAAGGCAUGAAGGCAUCUCAAAGAGAGAAGGUCAUGGAGAGAAAGAGAAAGAGAAGAUUGGGUAAGGAAUUCAGGCAAUUGGAAUUCAGAGGUAAUUAG